GCUGCGAGGGGAGAAGGGGAGGGUUUACGGUCAAUAGGGUCUUAUAACACAAUUGAUCCGUUGGUAUAUAAUGCAGGCAAUGGCAGACUCGGAGCAGACACACUGGAUCAGCUCUUACCAAACCAACUACCUCCUUCUUUUCACAGUCUCAACACCUUCAUCCGCAGUCAGCCAUGGGAGUUGCCUACAGCGUCGGAGAGGUCGACCACCUCAAGCACCGUCAGCCCCGACUCCUCAUCAGAGAGAAGCAUCCGAACCACCACCUGGUCGUGAAGAAGAACAAGGUCCACAAGCUCCUCAGCCACCCUGUCAACCCCACUGAGAAGAAUUGGGAGAUUAUCAGAAUGAAGGACUCCAGACGCCGCAUGAGUCUGUGCAGCUCUGAGGACUCAGAGGCCGAGGAGCCCGAGCAGCCGGAGGAGGUAGAUGAUGCUCUGCUGGUGCUGAGCAAGCACAGCCUGCUGCUGGAUGCCCACGACCUGGAGCAGCUUGCGGCUCAGAUGCCAGCAAGGACCUGGGGCUAUCCAUGGCAGCUGGCCUACAGCACUGCCAUCCAUGGCAGCAGCCUGAAGACACUCUACAGGAAUAUGGCUGAACUGGACAAUCCUGUGCUGCUGAUCGUCAGAGACAUGCACAAAAAGGUGUUCGGAGCGUUUUCCACAGAUCCAUUCAGAGUCAGUAAACACUUCUAUGGCACUGGUGAAACCUUUCUGUUCAGCUUCAACCCAGACUUUCAGGCGUACAGGUGGAGUGGAGAGAAUUCCUACUUUGUCAAUGGCAAAUAUGAUACUCUGCAGAUUGGUGGAGGAGGGGAUGGCUUCGCUCUGUGGCUGGAUGCUGAUCUGAACCAUGGGGCCAGUUUUUCCUGUCCAACUUUUCACAACCCACCGCUCUCCACGCAGGAGGACUUCAUCGUACAAGACCUCGAGGUCUGGACUGUUCAGAAGUGAGCGAGGAACGUCAGUUACACAACCUUGACACUUCAAGUGGGUUAGCUACUACUGUACUAAACCUGAAAGAACAGUCGCCACUGUAUCACGUGUGUGCCUGGCUGAGAUUAGUCCACACACAGCUCGUAUGAGGCCUGUUCUGGUGGUUCCUAGGCCGGACCUUCUGCUUGCACUGGUUUCAUCUGUGCCUGUUAAAUAGAGGUGUCUAGAUAAACCCUGUUGUUAAGCUCCCUGCUGCCUUAGACUUGCCCUGUGCUGAACCCAGAAAGUAACUGUCAGCGUCUGAAGCUUUAAGUCCUGCAUGCCCUCCUGGGGUUAUGGACGGUAAUAACACAAAGUUCCAAGUACCUAGUGUAAGCACAUUCAGGGAUUUUGGAAAGUCUAUUAAUUUCUAUUUUGUCUAAAAAGAACACCUGAAAUUCAAAACUACAUGUUUACAGUAAGUGUUGCCAUGUGUGAACAGGUGAAUAUGUUCUAUUGUGUUUCACUAAAAGACAUGAGCAGCCUUAUAAACCUUUGAGACAAAAAGCUACAUAGUUGAUUAAUGGUAUAAACACUGUAACAUGAUAUUGUGCCUUAUUGGGGGAGAUUGUAUUUUUGAGCUUUUUCCAACAUGAUGUCUCCAAUUUAUGUUCUCUUACAGCAGCAUAUGAAUUCCUCACCUCUCAGGAGUGAAAAUAACUGAAAAUAGUUGCACUAUGAACAAUUCAUUAUUAUCCAUGUGUGUGUGUUUGUGUACUGACCGUUGACUGUCAACUGUAACUUCUGUUUUUUGUAAGUGUGACACCUGCCUGGCUAUUUGCAUUUGAAUGGAUCAUGUUUUAUAAGGAAACCUUUAAACUAUUUCACUUCUUUUAACUUAUCUAUAUAUUUAAAUGUAUUUUUAAGAAAUUUCAAAGCAAAAGCCUCCAUGUUCCAGUGUGUCUGUUUAUGAACUGCCAAUGUGUGUCUUUUUAUUUUUGUGGACCCACAUUAAACUUCAUCUUUCCUGGUGA